UGAGGGAUGUGACGUUUUUUUCUGUUAACAACAGUGUAGAGUUAUCUCAAAUUGGUGAGAUGUUUAAUGGUAUCACUCCGGAAAGGGAUGAAAUAUGACAUGGUUAUUAAAAUAUGAACCAUAUAACCAUGUGGAGCAAAAGUUUUGUCGUUAUAUAAGUUCGAUCUGCUCCUUUCCAAAAUAUGCUGGCUUCAGUGUACUUCUAUAAGGCACACUUGUGAACUGUCAUUUGAAUGGUUUCAGUACAUAUCCAUUAUCUAGAUAUUGUGGAAAAAGUUGCAUAAAGGUUGGAAUCAGUGGAAGAGCACUGUAUUUUGGCAGUUAAGAAUUUGUAGCAUUUGCCAUGAAGAACAAAAGCAGAAGCAACAACUCCCUCUGUGAGAAGUCAAUGAAGAUGGUAACAAAUGUCAUCCGGCUAUCGUCAUUCUCUAUUGCCAGGAUGAGCCUUGGAAUCGCAACAGAACCAGCACCAGGCGGUAAAAUUCCUGCAUCAUACCCUGCAACAUUCAUCAAAGGCUCACCAACAGCACAAUUCCCUGAGAGCUUAAGGUCACAGGAGCCAGUGAACGUCAAAAAACCGACUGCCUACCUUAUUGAGCCAACUGAAAAUGGUAAAUCCUCCUUGUAUGCAGUUAAUGAUAAGAGUGUAGAUGGUAGGGCCUCUGAUUACAUUAGAAGAGUGCAUGAGAAGAAUCGUCAUGAUUCAAACGAGGCAAUGAAACUUUCUGCAUUCAUCAUUCCACCUCCACCUCGUUUCGUGUAGUCAUAUUUUGUACUACUAACCAUGUGUUUAUUUCCAUCUUCUACUAUUUCGCGUAGCAUAAUUGUCUUCAUCUAUCUUGGAUAAUAUGCUUUGCUUCUCUUGAGAACAAGCUUAUGAUUAGUGCCAUAGUGAUGAAAAAUCUUCUCCUUCUGUCACUUUGGGCUUUGUCUACUGAAGGCUUUUGUUCAUAAGAAGCUUGCAUCUUGAUAUUGAUCUUCUGUCUGUCAUAUAAUCAAUUAAAUCAAAUUAGUUGGAGUUUGUUAUAUGAAUCAUAUCCAUUUUAUUCA